GGACCAGGUGGAAUCUUAAAACGUCAACUACAAAGUAAAUUCUAUGAAAAAGACGAUUCGCAUGCUGAUUGGGGACAUAAGCUCGAAUGCAUUCAGUGGGUUUGCGCCGUCGAUGGUACUGGCAACAUCUCGGUUGUCGAAGAGCUCAUUAAAUAGACCUUAUUGA